AUGUCAGUGGAGGAACUGUGGCCUAUUGGCCCCGCAGAGUCCAUGGAGGUUCUACAGACCUGGCAAGGAGUGACGCAUGAGGCAGGAGAGAGGGAGGAAGAGGAGGAGGAAGAGGGAGGCAAGGAGGCCCCCUCAAACAAGGGCUCCACAGACGAGUCAGAAGGGGACGACUCGGAGCCAGAGCCCCCGCCCGUGAUCCGGAGGAAGGUGUCUUUCGCAGACGCUUUCGGCUUGGACCUGGUAUCCGUCAAGGAGUUCGACAGCACCAUUCACACAAGGUCGAAGGUCUCCGCCCCCUCGCGAGAGGAGGCGGGCGAACCGGAGGAGCACUUCCUGUCCUGCCUGUUCUCCGUCCCCUCCAGCGGCGAGGAUCUGGAGCAACGUCUGAGGCAGCAGAUGGUGGAACUGGAGAGCGUCGAGCUGCUUCCAGGAACCACGGCUCUCCGGGGCAUCAUCAGGGUGGUCAACCUCUGCUUCAGUAAGACCGUUUACGUCCGCGUCUCCCUGGAUGGCUGGAGGAGCAGCUUUGACCUGCUGGCAGAGUACAUUCCGGGCUCCAGCGACGGAGAGACGGACAGGUUCUCAUUCAAGCUGACCCUGGCCCCCCCCGUCAGCAAGGAGGGCACCCGGGUGGAGUUUUGCCUACGCUACGAAACGGCCGUUGGACAUUUCUGGGCAAACAACAGGGAUUUGAACUACGUUCUGUUCUGCCAUCGGAAGGUGAAGGAGGGGAAGGUGAAGGAGGGGAGGGUGGAGGACGGGAGGGUGAAGGAGCAUGAUGAGAGUAGCAGUCACAGGAGCAAGAGGAGCUGUCUGAAGAGCCACAGGAAAAGCAGUGCAGAGGAAACCCUGACCUUCAUACCCACACCUGACACAGCAGAUUCAGCCACAGACAGAGCAGAGGAGGCUGACGUUCACACACUGGACAGCUCGGCUGACACACAUGCCAGUGUGCACCAGCACCAACCUUUGGUGGAUAGUCAGAGGAGAAGACGGAGGGCGGAACGUUUGUCUCGUGUGCUGGAUUACUUCUCUCAGAGUCAUCAAGAUGUUGACCCGGAAGUCAAGCAGGAAAUCAAGCAGGAAGUCAAGCAAGAAGUCAAGCAGGAAGACAAUGUGCUGAAAGAAAUCAGAAGGGUUGCUGGACUGGAAGCUCUCCUCCCUCCACUAGGGGGUAGUACCUCCAGUAUGAUACACCUCCAUCACAGGAAACACAGCAAAGAGACCACACCCCAGAUUCUCACCUACCACCAGAUUCCCCUGCUGACCCUGGACUGGAGCGGAGACAAGGGUCAAAGGUCAGGGGGACCUGAGGAAAACAGGGAGGCUCUUCAGGUCUCCUCAGAGGAAAAUAUGGAGGACAAAAUGUCAGUUUGUGAUCUGUGGGAGUCGUUCCUCAACGGCACUGACUGUAAAGAUGACAGCAGUGUGCCCGAGUCUGAGUGGCUGCAGUCAGCAGCUCUGGUUGGACCUUCCAACAACAAGGGAGAAACGCAGUCAUGGAAGGACAACAGCGUACAGGAAGUCAUGGUAGACACACACACUAGCAGCAACGGACACACACACACUAUCACAAGUCCUCAGUCUUCAAACAGUCAUGAGAUAGUGGUGACCAGAGAACAUGACCCAGCUGGGAGCCAGCAUACCACUCGCCUGGGAUAUGACAAUGUGGUGUGUGACGACACGGCUGAAAAGUCAGAGGCCAUAUCUGUAACGGACACUCUCCAGGAAUGUAUCCUGGCACUAGGGACCUCAGGAGAGGCAAAGGCCAAGCUGGAUCAGGAAGGGGGAGAAGGAGUGAGAGAAGAACAAGAACAAGAACAAAAAGAUGAAGAAGAAGAAGAAGAACAAGAAGAACAAGAACAAGAAGAAAGAAGUGAUGGAUCAGGAGAAGAUGGAAACGAAAGAGGAGGAGUUGGAAGUAAGGGUGGGAAAGGAGGAGUUGGAGGAGAAGACAAAGAAGGAGGAGAGGCCACCGUGCCCCAUGCAGCGCAGGAGGGACCCUGCGCCGAGGAGACAGCAGAGGAAUGGUGGGUGAAUGACAAGACAGCCGGAGAUAAGAUCUCCCUGGGAGAGAGACGGCGUGAGAUGCUCUCCCUCGGUGCGGAGGGAGGGGUUACAGCGACAGAACACAAAGCAGCACAUGACUCAGUGACAUUUACAGAGACAAUCGGGGACGAGAUAGAGGAGGACAGGAGUGUGCCAGUCACAUGUACCAAUGGAGAGGAAGGAGGGGGCACGAGACACGCAGAGGCAAAGGAAGUGCAUCGUCUGAACGAACCAGAGGGAGCAACUCAGAACAGACCAAUUAGCACAGCGUGGCAGCCGGGAGGAUGUGGAAAUCAGCUCUGUAGAAAAUGCAGGAAUCAGACUUAACCAAUCAAAUGAGGAUGAAUGCAAAGGGGAGGUGGCAGAGGAGAGAGGCAGAGGAGCAAGCACAGGUCCAAGGGCAUUACUACACAGU